AUGGCUGGCAACGGAGGGGUGUCCGAACCAGACAUCGGCCUGGCAACAGCUUACGGCCUGGUACUGGUCUUGGCUCUCCUCGGAAAUGUUGCAACCAUCUGCAACUUGAAGUUUAACGACUGGCUGAAACUGCAUAAGUGUCACGUGUACAUUCUUGGCCUGGCCGUGGCAGACUUGGGCACCGUCCUGGUCCCGUUACCGAUGCACACGCUGAUAGCUGCCCGGGGACUUUUGCCGUUGAGCUGGCAGGCUUGUAUGGCCUACGACUACUUCAGAGUUGUGAUCGAAAACAAUGGAGUGCUGGUAACUUUGCUCAUCAGUCUGGACAGAUUCCGACUCUUGUGGCUUAAUUUCAGUAGUUACAUCAAAGGAAGCACAUCCAGGCGUGUGCUAGUCGAACUGGGGCUUACGUGGCUCUUGCCGGUCGUUGGCCACGGUAUCAUGGCUUUGAUAUGGAUCAUCAGUGUACCUCAUCAUAUUCGAAUAAACGAAACCACUUCGGAUUGCCAGGAUGUACCCUCUGAGGCUGAUAUUCCGUUCAGCACACUAUACGCCACACUCCUCAUCUUCAGUCCAGGAUUACUCCUGGCUAUUUUGAACACUCUGACCUUCAUCGGGGUGGUACGUAAACUGAAGCGCCGAAGGCAGAUAGCUGGCGGGACGGCAUUCCGGGGUCCUCCUUGCGCCACCUCUGCCGUUAGAAAGGAACCUUCUGCAGUCACUGGACAGGGAAGCGAUAUUCCUGUCGUCUCUGCAAUCAGGCCCCAAGGAGCAGAGAUACCGUCAGUGUCCUUAAGCACUGCUAAUCAUCACCGAGCUAGGUCUGACAACAGCAAAAGAUCUUUUAGACCUCACGCGAACGUCAACAUCGAACAAACGGACAAACCCGGUCCGAGUAGCGCAGCGGAGGGGCAGAUAUCCACCUUUGACGGCUUUAGUCAGGAGCCACGGGGACCAAACUCGCUGGACCGAGCCUCAAACUCUCAAGUCCGAGAUCACCAGCGUUACGUUGAUCGACACAUGACUCGCUACAUCCGACCGGCGAUCAUGCUGGCCGGCAUCGUGUCGGUUUUCACUGUUUGCUGGUUUCCGUUUGCGGUCUACUACAUCUACGUUCAUAUCGUUUGCCCGAUAUGCUUCUCCCGAAAGAUUCAGCUCUGGUUACGUUGUCUCGUGUAUACCAGCUCGGCCUUAAAUCCGUUCAUUUAUGCUCUGACUGACCGAAAACUGAGGCAGUGGUAUGUCAAGAUAUGGCAUCAGAUGCGUCGGCGCUUGAGAAGGACCCCGUAA